GAUUGGUUAAAAUUAUGGAACUGUUUGUGAGCUGAGAAUUUGGCGAUUCAGUUGGUUCCUGACAAGAAGGGUUGAAGGGGCCGGGCCCACAACGGAGAAAUGGCGAGUGAGGUUACCGAGAACGGGUGUGGAGUAGCAGCGGAGCCCACGCAGCCGCAGGAACCGGGCCGGGGCUCGGCUCGAUGGGGUCCCCAACACGCGGGUGCUCGAGAACUGGCCGGUUUGUACUCGCCAGGCAAAAGAUGUCAAGAAUGGAUCAGCGUCAUCCUUUGCUUCUCUCUCAUGGCCUUCAACUUCAUUCACCUUCUUGCCAAUUUCCAUCUGGGACAUUCGUGGUCCAUCCUGUUGGGCAUUGUGGCAGGAAUACUCACUGCUGACUUUGCAUCGGGCCUCGUUCACUGGGGGGCCGAUACGUGGGGAUCGGUGGAUCUACCCAUCUUUGGGAAGGCUUUCAUCCGUCCAUUCAGAGAGCAUCACAUAGACCCCACAGCCAUCACCCGGCACGACUUCAUCGAGACCAAUGGGGACAACUGCAUGCUGACCAUCGUCCCUCUGGCAACAAUGGCCUUCAACUUCCUCACCCUCUCCCCUGCUGAGGUUUACCAUAUCUACCCCUGGUACUGCUACCUGUUUGCGCUGGCCAUCUUUGUAACCCUCACCAACCAGAUUCACAAGUGGUCGCACACGUACUUCGGCCUUCCUUUUUGGGUGGUCUUCCUGCAGGACUGCCACAUCAUCCUUCCUCGCAAGCACCACCGCAUCCAUCACGUCUCCCCCCAUGAGACGUACUUCUGUAUCACGACAGGCUGGCUGAACUAUCCUCUGGAGAAGCUGGGUUUCUGGAGAACUUUGGAGGAUCUGAUCCAAAGCGUGACGGGGGAGAAGCCCAGAGCAGACGACAUGAAAUGGGCUCAGAAAUUGAAGUAACUCUGCAGGCUAACUGCAUCCUACCUCAGACAUCUCUGGCUCUGCCCAGGCUUCUUGUCUUGCCUCACUUAAACUGUAACCCACAGGAUGAAACUAACGCUUCCUGAUGCCAUAGCUUUAAGUCUUGCACACUUUUUGAUUUCAUGUUUUUCAUAUAGGAGGGCUUUGUUAUAGAGUUCUUCAUGGCUCUAAUGGUGACAAGUGUUCUAAAUUUAAUCUGAUCCUUUCUUUUUCUAAAACGACUCAUUGCCUUGACGGAUUUAGCUAAUAAGGAAUUAGUCGAAUGACUCAAAGAAGAUGAAAUGAAUCUACUCAUCUCCAAAACUUCCAACAAAUGUGGGAAAAAGCACUUGGAAGAAUAUACGCUCACAUUUUUUCCGCCUCUAGAAAAGUACAGCUCACAGCUAUAGGAGCUAUUCACAUUUCAGUUGAUUCUGUUUUUUGGAUCUCCGUCUUCUGGAGGGUGGAACUAAGAUCAUGUUGUUGGACUUGGGAUUAGUCUGGAUGCUUUAUCAAUGUUGAUUGCUUAGGAUCAAAUUGAUCAAUUACUGUUACAUUUGUUGACUACUUGCACGUUUGAGUUGCGCUCUGCACAAUUUAGAUGAUAAAUGAAAAGAUGGGUAAAAAUGAACAAUUUACCAUUGUUUUUUCAAAAAGACGGUCACGUGUAUUGCUUUCAUGGUAGAUCUGUCAGUCUGAGAUGUGAAAAGAAUCAAUGAGGUCAUAAAUCAAGAGGAAAAAGUCUCAAGAAACUGGAUUUAAACUUGUUAAGUGUAGCAUCGAUGCUGCUUUUGGCGCUGAUGCAGGCCAUUAGAAAAUCAAGUAAAAUAUCGUCUAGCGGCUGCAUUGGUUUGGUGUGUCGUUGAUGAUCAGCACUAGUUUUUAUCUGGUAAACAUGCAAAUUUGCAGGGAGGAGGCGCACACACACUCUCAUUUCCCUCCAGUUAAGUGGCCUUACACACCACAGAUGCAGUACAUGUGUGUCUCUUGUUGUCUGUAGUUCUGUCUCUCUGGCUUUUUAUGUCUUACCUAAUCAGACCAGCUGUGUGUGACACAUCGUUGCUCCUUUUAAUUUUUUCAGGACUGUCUUGGUUUUGGGACAAUAAGAUUCCUGAUCAUGUACCUUCUAACCUACACGGUCAUGUUUGAAGGGCUUUAGUGAAAAAAGACUAUGUAGGAAUUGAUCCAUUAGAUUAAAUAAAUUGGUAAAGGUUUUUAUUUGAUACUUCAUUAAAUGCAGAGUCGGCAGCUAUGCAGACCAUCUGGUUAAAUUAAACACCUUUUUAAAGAUUAAUUUACAGAUAUUUUCUGAAGAAAGCUGCUUGGUUAAACUGCAUGUUGGACUCAAUUUUACAUUUUAUGAUGUCACGAGAAAGCGUGCAUGCAUGCGAUAGGUCGGCUUGCUGUGCAGACAUCUUUCUGUUCAGUCGGUUGUUCGGAUAAUGAGUUAUUGUUAAGAGUUUUGUGUAAUAUUCCAAGUUUUGACUCCUUCAUACUUGAUCAUGAACAACAAAUCUCCCAUAGGUCAACAGCAGCAGGGCACUGCAUGCUGCUGGUUGUAAGAGGCAGUUUUGAGAUGUAAUAGGAGCAGGUAGGUGGAGUGUGACAACACCGUGACCUGCAGAGGUUCCGCUCAUGUAGCUCUUCAGGAUCAGUAUUAGGAAAAGAUGUUUAGACUCAUUUAUGAAGCUUUGCUGACAGCUUUCUGAAUAGGAUAUUUGCCGUUUGCUCCGCUGGAUGUUUUGGCGCUCAGUUUAAUACCUUGGUGUGGUUUUUUUCUAAGAGUAAGACUAACUUAAGUAUGUUUUGUGCUUUUGUGAAUUGGUAGGAUGCUGAACUUUACACUUAAGUUUAUGGUAAAGACUGAGGUGAUGGUUUAAACGGUGAGCUCAAGGGGAACCCAAACCAUGACUAAGUGCUGUUUUUGGUUGUUCUUAUCAUUCUAACCCUGAUGAACUCCAGAGGAUCUCAGGAUUGUGUUUCAAGUAGUAGAAUAAAAAUAUUUGGCAUUAACAUACACUCCAUUAAGAAAAUUAAGACUAUUACUUAAUAUUUAUAAGUUGUUUAUUCACUUGAGUCGCAUUGUAGCUAUAAAUCAGAAGCAACCUUGCCUUUUGUUCUAAAAGUAAACAGUGAUUGGUGCUUUGACACCUUGAGGUCUCAUGGGUGGAUCUGAUGAUUUGUGUUGUUGUGUAACUAAAUAUUCUUCAGAAGUUUUGUUGGGCAUGUUUAUGAAGUCACUUGUGAUGAUUCUUAGGCUUUUAAUUGAAUUGCCUUACAAUUCUCCUGAUUUACACUAAAUAUUGCCACCAGGAUCCGGAAAACAUUUUAUUGGAUGACUCAUUCUUUCCCUUUUCACAUGACAUAUUUUCGAAGCAAGACCCACACGGAUGUGUUCAGUAGUUUAGGCUGCCAGUGGAGAUAAGUUUUGGAUAUCAGAAAAAUGCCUUGAUGCCUUCUGUUGUCUUCCGAUUGGAAGAUGUACAAUGUAAAUAAUAAAGUGUAUUUAUAAAUAAACUAACAAAUAACUUUG